AUGGGCACUAACAAUUUGGAUGAAUGGAUUGAGAAGGGAUCUCUUGUAAGAAGUCGAGAAUUUGUUCAUUCUCAUAGAAAUAAGUUGAAACCUUUGGUUCCUAGAUCCAUUGAAAAACCGACAAUGGGAUUAUAAUCUAAUAGAAAUUUCAUCGCCACGAAUAAGAUUGAUGUCAUUCUCAAAUCUCCAAAACAACCACAAGAAGAUCCUAAUUGGAUAACCAAAAAAAAUUAUGGAUAAAUUCCAUUGUAUUUGAGUUAAAUCAAAGAUCAGCUCUAAUAAUCUUAUUUAGAAGAAUAAAACAAUGCUAAACGACAAUUGGAAGAACAAAAUAAUAAAUUAUAAUUAUUGUCUGAAGAAGAAUUAUAAUAAAUUAGAGAUGGUUUGAAACAAAGGUAUGAUGAAGUCAAUAAACAAUAUCAAUAAUAUACUCAUUUAAAAAAGGUUGACACAGUUGGAUAGAAGAGAAGAAAAGAAUAAUUUGAAAAAGAAUUGAUAUAAUUAGAAAAAGACAUGGAUAAGAUGAAAAAAUAGUAUGUUUUUAUAGAGAAAUGA